AUCCAUCUCCAUAUUGAUUAAGUCUGUGAAUGACAUAACUAAAGAUAUCCCAGUAAAUACAUUUAAAAAUAAUUUUGUGUAGGGAAUCACGAGGAUUUAAGUUAAAAAGGAUUUUAUCGCAAAUAAUUAAGAUGGGUAAUGUAGCUGAGAAGGUGGAGGCUGCGAGUACCAUACCGCAAGGUCAAGAAGAACCCAAAAAGUUAAAACCGUGCUGUGCUUGCCCGGAAACUAAACAAGCUAGGGAUAAAUGCAUUAUAGAGAAUGGGCAAGAAAAUUGCACCGAUUUAAUCAAAGCUCAUAAAGAUUGUAUGCGAAAAAUGGGAUUUAACAUAUAAAUAUUCCUUUAGUUUAGUGUUUACAGCCAAAAUGUAGUAUUUCUGUAUAAAUUAAUUUAUUUUAAAUGGCAUUAUUAAAUAGAUAAAUAAAUAA